UAUAAUGUUGGAUGUAGUUCUUAAGUUUGAAAAGACAUUUGAAAGGUAUGCAGAUGAAGAUGACAAGUUUUUGAGUUACUUCGAGGAGAAAGAAAACAAGAAGAGGAUUGGACCACCUAGUUCUAGYGAUUGGGAGUGUGCUUUUAUUGUCAAAUAUUUGUCCAUCUUUUACGAGGUUACUUAGAAAUUUAGUGGCACAUUGCAUGUUACUUCCAACACUCUCUUUCAUGAAAUCUGUGAGAUUGAUUCUCAAUUGAAUUACUUGGCUCAUAACAAUGAAUCAUUGUUAUACAAAGUGGCUACUAAGACGAAGAGUAAAUAUUAUCAGCAUAAGUAAAYGGUCAUGAUUGCUAAAUAUAGUAGGAAAAUUGAAGAGCAUAUGAUGACUUACUUCAUGCCCCUUUAACAAAGAAUAAUAUGAAUUCAUGAACCAGUGUGUAGCAUAUUAUGAACUUUGAGUACAUAAUUUGCUCCUCUCARUUAUGCAUGAUCUUCCCUUGAUGUAAUAUAAUUAUUAGGGACUUGGAGAGUUAAGCUCUCCCGUGUAUCUUUUAACAUUUCCUAAGGUACUCUAAAGCAAUCUUCAUGCUCAUAGUAGGCUAGACCCAACCAAAAAUUUGACCCAUUUUAAACCCAUUUGAAAAAAGUAUCCACUUGACUUGUCCAUUUUGAACCAUUUUUCAUAUUGGCUGUUAUCCAAUCUGGCCCGCACCCAAUGUUGACACCUCUAACAAUAAUAAAUAAGAUUGAUCCGGAAUCUGAUUUAGAUCCAACACAGGCGAUCUAACAGUUUUACCGAAUUACCGUUCUAUAUUGUGUGGGUUAGUGUUUGAUGAUUUAUGAUUUGUACAAUCAAAUCGAACAUUUCCGAUUAGCAAUUGAACUGUAAGUUUAGAUGCGAAAUAUGUAUCGAUUGCAAAAGUCAAGUUACAAGAUUGAUAUAAAUUAAAAUCUUUAGAACCGCCUUAUUAAGGAAACCAUGCAACUAACUCAGUAUUUUAAACAAAUGAAUUUAUAUAUAUGAUGUGAAACUAGCAGAAAAGUGAACAUAUAUGGAAGUUGUUGAAAUCGGUUGAUUAGUUUGUUAUGUUGGUCGUACAGAACUAUUUACUUAUUGGUAGUCUGUUGAAUCUUUAGCUUUAUUUAUGGUAAGAUGAGCCAAGGUUGGAUAGCUACAACACCAAUGGCUUCUAUGGUGAGUUAAAUUUAAAUUGUGUUUUUCAUCUUUGGAGCACUAUCUAGUGGAACCAAUUUAGCAAUGUGUAAUGAGAUGCAUAUGUAGCCAAUACUUUAACUUUGUGAUGGAACAUCACCGUUCUAUUCAAGCCAGGUAUGCUGUAAGGAAUCACAAGAUGAAGACCAUGAGGAGAUUGAGAGAACGCGUUAUACCUUYUGUUUUUUAUAAUGCUCUCUUUUAUGUCCAUUUUGAAUGGUUACCAAUAUGGGAGACUUCCUUCCUUUAUUAGAGUCUCUACCUCUACAAGGAGCAUUCUAGAGCUAGGAACCUUCUAGAUAUACAACAAAAAGGGCUAGCCUACUAUGAGCAUGAAGAUUGCKGUAAAGUACCUUAGGAAAUAUGACGAGAUACACGAAAGAUCUUUACUCUCCAAGUCCUUGGAAUUGUAUUACAUCAAGGGAAGAGCAUGCAUAACUGAGAGCAACAAAUUACGUACUCCAUGUUGUUUUAGUUUCUUUGGCUUCAAAGUUCAUAAUAUGGUACACACUAGUUCAUGAGUUCAUAUUUUUCUUUGUCAAAUGGUCAUGAAGUAAGUCGUCAUAUUCUUUUCAAUUUUCCUACUAUAUUUAGCAAUCAUGACCAUUUACUUAUUCACAUGAACCUAUCAAAUGGUUGUGUCAUGACACGGGUUAUAUGUGAUUAAUUUUGUACCAAUGGAUUCAUUCAUAGUUACAUGAACUCUAACCUUGAUUUUGCAUGCUUUGAAUGUCUAUGCUAUUUCCUCAUUAAUAAGGAAUUUAUUAAAUGMUCUUGGGAUUUUUUUUCGUUUUGUCCUACAUUGCCACCCUUUAUUGAUUUUGUAAUUAAACUAACAUCAUCUUUGCUUUUAUUUGUUGGUGACAGGGUGUCCAUCUUGCCUUCAUAUACUUUUGUAAUACAUUUUCUUACUACCCARCCCUAAUUAAGUGCUAAGUUUGCGUUUGAUAAUCGGAGUCAUUAUGGAUCUGGAGCGGUCCGAUGCAAGAUGUGGGAGAAGUGUUGAGGAUAGGGAUCAGGAUAASUCUCCAAUGGGCGAGAGGUGGAAGGGAGGAUAUGAUGAUUUGGAAGACAAUGGCAAUGAUAAAUCACGAGAAUCGAAGCAUCGUAGUAAGGAGAAAAGUAGGAGUAGUCGAAGAGAAGACAAGGAUCACAGAAGUAGAGAUCGAGAGAAGUCAAAGAUCAGUGAUACUUCAAAAGAGAGGGACAAAGAGUCUAAAGGUUUUGUGAAAGAUUUUAGCAGAGACAAACGAAAGGAAGAAGGAGAUGACCGUGAAAAGGAUAGGACCAGAGAUAAGGUGAGGGCAAAAGAAAAUGACAGGGAUAAAGAUCAUGAGAAAGAGGAGGUAGAGAAAGAUGGUGACCGUGGGCAGGAUAAGGAGAGGGGAAAAGAGAAGAGCAGGGACAGAGAAAGGGGAACUGACAAAGGGAAAGAGAGGACGAGGGAAAAGGAGAGAGAGAGAAAAAAAGACAGGGAGAAAGAGAGAGAAACUCAUGGCGACAGGGACAGAGAGAAAACUAGGGAGAGGGAGAGGGAGAGGGAUGGAGAUUAUGAUAAAGAUAGGUCCAGAGAGAGAGAUAAAGUGAGCCGGAAGCAACACAUGGAGUUACAUAAAGAUUUGGGGAAGGAUGACAAGCUAACAUCWGAUUCUGAGGAUGGUCAAUAUAGGGGUACAGGUAAGCAUGAUAUGGGUUCUCAUCGUGACAAAGAUGCCACUAAAAUCCUUAAGCAUGAAGUCAAUGCUGAAGGUGAACAUGCAGGAUCUCAGCAGUCUGCAUCUGAACUUCAAGAUCGCAUUAUGAGGAUGAAGGAAGAACGAUUAAAAAAAAAGCCAGAAGGCGGUUCCGAUGUAUUAUCGUGGGUUAGUAAAAGCCGAAAGCUUGAGGAUAAGAGGAAUGCUGAAAAGCAGAAAGCAUUGCAACGAUCAAAGAUGUUCGAGGAGCAGGACAAUGCCACUCAAGGAGAGGAUGAAGACGAAGAGGCUACUCGYUCGCAUACAUCUCAUGACCUUGCUGGGUUUAAAGUUCUUCAUGGCCUUGACAAGGUGAUUGAAGGUGGUGCAGUUGUUUUGACACUGAAAGAUCAGAGCAUACUUGCUAAUGGUGACAUUAAUCAAGAGAUUGAUAUGCUUGAAAAUGUGGAGAUUGGUGAGCAGAAGCGGAGAAAUGAGGCUUAUAAGGCAGCAACAAAGAAAACUGGAGUUUAUGAUGAUAAGUUUAAUGAAGAGGCUGGAGUUGGAAAAAAAAUGCUUCCACAAUAUGAUGAUCCUGUUGUCGACGAGGGUGUAACUCUUGAUGAAAGAGGGCGCUUUGGUGGUGAAGCUGAGAAAAAAUUGGAGGAGCUUAGGAGAAGGAUAGAUGGUGCGUCUGUGACCACUCGCUUUGAAGAUCUUACUACAUCUGGGAAGGUCUCAACAGACUAUUAUACCAGUGAAGAGAUGCUAAAGUUCAAAAAGCCCAAGAAAAAGAAAUCUUUGAGAAAAAAAGAUAAGUUGGAUAUUGAUGCUCUUGAGGCAGAAGCUCGGUCUACAGGGUUGGGUACUGGGGACCUUGGUUCACGAGUUGAUGGAAAAAGGCAGGCCCUUAAAGAGGAACAAGAGAGAUCUGAGGCUGAAAAGAGAAACAAAGCAUUCCAAUCUGCAUAUGUCAAGGCAGAUGAAGCAUCUAAAGCACUGCGACUGGAACAGACCGUUACURUUCAAAAGGAGGACGGAGACAACCUUGUAUUUGGCGAUGAUGAUGAUGAUCUCCAUAAAUCAUUACAAAGGGCAAGRAAAGUAGCUCUAAAGAGGCAACAUGAGGGUACACAAUCUGAAGCAAUUGCUCUACUUGCUUCUUCCACUACUAAGAACUCGGAUGCCGACCCAGGAUCUGGAGAGUCACAAGAAAACAAGGUUGUCUUCACAGAGAUGGAGGAGUUUGUAUGGGGUCUUCAGCUUGAUGAAGAAGCUCAUAAUCCUGAUGCUGAAGAUGUAUUUAUGGAGGAGGACGUAGUACCAGCAUCAUCGGAUCAAGAACAAAAAGGCAAAGACGGUGGCUGGGCAGAGGUGAAAGAUAUUGUUGAGGAUGAAAAGAUGGCAGAUGAGGAGGAAGAGGUCAAACCAGAUGAAACAAUUCAUGAGAAUACACUUGGUAAAGGGUUAUCUGGUGCACUUCAGCUACUUAAGGACAGGGGUACUCUUAAAGACACUGUGGAAUGGGGUGGUCGGAAUAUGGACAAGAAAAAGAGUAAGCUCGUUGGUCUUGUUAAYGAUAAUGAUGAUAAAAAGGAGAUACGCAUUGAGAGGACAGAUGAAUAUGGAAGAAUUUUGACUCCUAAGGAGGCCUUUAGGCUGAUUUCACAUAAAUUCCAUGGGAAGGGGCCUGGCAAAAUGAAACAAGAAAAGCGUAUGCGGCAAUAUCACGAGGAGCUGAAGGUGAAACAAAUGAAAAACUCMGACACACCAUCACUGUCUGUUGAGAGAAUGAGGGAAGCUCAAUCUAAGAUGAAGACACCUUAUCUUGUUCUUAGUGGCCAUGUAAAACCAGGCCAAACAAGUGAUCCUAGAAGUGGUUUUGCUACAAUGGAGGACUUCCCAGGGAGCUUGACACCUAUGCUUGGCGAUAGAAAGGUUGAGCACUUCUUGGGUAUAAAGCGGAAAUCUGAGCCUGGAGACAUGGGCCCGCCAAAGAAGCCUAAAACCUAAUUGCUCRUGGGAGUUUGCCAGAUACAAAGCAAAUAGUUGAAGAUGAGACCUAGGUGGGAACUUGACUUGUUAAGAGUUUAAGUCAAGUUGGCUGAGAUGAUCCAUUAAGUGGUCCAGAUUUGCUUUUGAAGGUUCAACGACCGAUCUUUACAAUAUGGUUGCUUUUAUUAUCGGGCAGGACACAAGCAAGUGAUGAGACGAAUCUGAGGGGGGACUUGUUUUGUAAAAAGAUUAUGGUUUGCAUAGUCAUAUGAAAAUUGUUUUAUAAAUGAUGGUCUUUUUCUGGUAAGGCCAAAUACUAGAUGGGGCAAACUUAAAAACUAUUUUGAGCUUGAUGAUACAUAAARAGAGCAUAUCUAAAUCAAGUGUUUGAGGUGGUUUUACA